GGCAGGGGUAUGGCCGGGCUCAUGGGUAGGGACUGGGUGGUGUUGGAGGGGGCAGCAGAGGACAAGGAUUCCUCGGGCUGAAGACUUGGGAGAAGAGAAGGGAGAAAUUGUGAGAUUGGUCAGUAGUGGGCAGGGGGGGAAUUGUGGGGCUGGAGGACAGCUGAGAGUGGGGGCCAAGGAAUCACAUGGUCCCAGCUCGGUCAUCGGGAUGGGGCUGAAUGGGGGCAUUUUUGACAGGGAGGAGGAGAGAAGGAGAUUGGGAGUGAGCUUUGCAGGAAUCCGGGAAGGGGGACAAGUUUGAUGGGCAGGAAGGAAUGGGAGGAGCGGGAGGUGGUGGGGGAUCCUGCUGGCCAUGUGGGGCACUGGCUGUGUCAUCUCGUCAUUGGGAGGUGUCAGUCGGGCCUGAAUCUCAUACGCUCCUUUGUCUCCUUCGCGUCUCACAGGAGCUCAUCGAGGAGCUUCCCGAUGACUCGUCACCCAGCGCCGUCCUCGCCCACUCCCUGGCUGCAGUGGGCAACCUCUGCACCAUGAAACCUGCCCUGGAGCCAGCCCUAGAGACCCACCUCUUGCGAGCUGCCCUUCACUCCGUCUUCACCCUGGGCACGGAGAAGGACACCACCGGCAUCCAGACUCUGCACAAAGUCAUCCCAGAGGUCCUGGAUGCCAUGCUGGGGAACCUGCUGGCAGAGUCCCCAGACACAGACAGGCUCCACUUCAUCUUGGAGCAUGUCAACCUCUGGGUCGUGUCCAGGGUGUCCCAGGAGCGAGCCAGGGCUAUCAGGAGCAGCACAGCCCUGCUGAGAUACACAGUCACCCUCCCUGAGUUUGACAUCUCAGCCGAGUUCCCUCGGAUGGGGCACCAUGUGGCCCAGCUGGCUCUAUUUGUCAGCGAUCCAGACAAGGACAUCAGCCGGCAGGCCAGGGAGGGGACUUACCGGCUCUACCAACUGCUGCUCCAACAGAGGGGCCUGACCAUACAUGAGGCGGAAGAUCUCUGGUGCUACGACUGGCACCAGGACAGCAGGCUGUUGGGCUACAAGAAUACAGCCAGAGUGGGGGAGGCUGCAGGUUGGAUUCCCCUUGAAGAAACCAAGGAGUUGCAGAGGCCAUAG